GCAGCGCGUCUUGUGGCCUUUGUGAAUGGAAAUUUCGUAUCACGCGCGCAUUGCGUAAACGCUGGAGCUUCGCGGGUGACCGAUUUUUUCAUCGCGCUCAGUCAGCAGUUCGUGACACAUGAGUGAUAACAUGAAGGGAAAAAGUGAUAUUGGAGAACCCGGAGAAAAGAAAUCCGACGUUCCUGUCAACGAUGAAACUCUCGAGGACGUGGAAGAGUAUCCCGAAGAACUAGAAGGCGUAGCGGACGAGUUCCAUGCGCUGAAUAAUCAACUGGAUCAGCUCAGCGAUGCGUUGGAUUCGUUAGAGAACCAUAACGAUAACCUGAAUCAGCAGCUGAGAGAACUGUUGGAGUCGAAUCGUCAAGUGAGGUCGGAAAUACGGAAAGAUCUUGGGAAGCAAAUGGAUGCCGUGGACGACGGUUUGAAGGAGGUGGAAUCCGGCGUUGCUAAGCUAGCGGCCGAUUCCAUUGCGUGGGUGCUUAGAGUAUCAUUCAACAUUGUUGCUGGUGUUGCCGCGUUGUACGCGUUGGCCGUCGGAUAUUGCAAAAUUACUUGCGGUCGGUGUCAAUCCUCGAAGUCGCUGAAAGGAAAAACGGUUGUGAUUACUGGUGCCAAUGGAGGAAUCGGAAAAGAAACUGCAAAGGAUCUCGCUGGUAGAGGAGCUAGAGUUAUUAUGGCGUGCCGGAAUGAGGAAAAAGCUCAGCAAGCUGCAGAUGAAAUUAUCCGGGAAACCGGUAACAAGGAAGUGAUCGUGAAGAAACUGGAUUUGUCUUCGCUGAGCUCCGUGCGUGAGUUUGCGGAUCAGUUCAACAAGCAGGAAAAACAUCUUCACAUUCUCAUCAACAAUGCCGGAAUUGGCAACCGUGGUCGUCGGCAGCUGACUGAGGAUAACUUGGAGAUUACGAUGCAAUCGAACCAUUUUGGUCACUUCCUGCUUACCAAUCUUCUUCUCGACAAGUUGAAGGAGUCAGCUCCGAGUAGGAUCAUCAAUGUGUCAUCCCUGGCUCACUGGUGGGGCGUGAUCGAUCCUACCAACCUGAACGGAGAGAAGAAAUGGGAACCUGCAAAAACCUACGGAAAUACCAAACUCGCCAAUUUGAUGUUCACGGUUCAGCUGGCGAAAAUGGUGAAAGAUGCAGGCGUAACUGUGAAUGCAUUGCAUCCCGGCGGAGUGCGCACGGCCAUCUUCGACUCGUCGAUUUCAAAGAAAAACGUGCUUCAGUACUACAUGCUUUAUCUCAUGUGGCCAUUAUUCAAGACUCCCGAAGCCGGAGCGCAAACGAGUAUUUAUCUUGCCGUGAGUGAUGAUGUUGAUGGUGUGACUGGGAAGUACUUCGCUGAUUGUGGGGAAGCGAAGUUCUCAGCAAAAGCCCGAGAUGAAGAGGUCGGAAAGAAAUUCUGGGAUGCUAGCUUGAAGAUAACUGGCCUCAAACAAAAAAUGCGACGGAACGAUGUUACGGAGCGCUUGCUUGAAGCAUUCUUUCAUAUGUUCCAUUGGGAAUCCGGUGUUCUACCUUGGAUAUUGAUCGGUCUGGUCGUCCCAUUUGUUACCUGGAAUGUAUUUGAGUCUUUCAAGUGGUGGGCGUUAACAACCAUCGUUCUGUUGUAUUUCCUGGAAUUCGUGUACUUCCGAUUUACGGACGGUUGGUGUAAAUCCAAAGUGUGCAUGGUCGGGAAAACGGUCUUGAUCACCGGAGCAAACACAGGUAUAGGAAAAGAAGUUGCCUUAGAUCUCGCUUGCCGCGGCGCAAAAGUCAUCCUUGCUUGCCGUAAUUUGGACAAGGCAAAAGAUGCCGCCAAUGACAUUAUAAAGGCGACAGGGAACGACAAGAUAGUCGUCAGGGAAUUGGAUCUCGCUUCGUUUGCUUCUGUUCGCAAAUGUGCCAAGGAGGUUUUGGAAUCCGAAGAAAGGCUGGAUGUAUUGAUAAACAAUGCGGGUAUCGCGAAUCGUCGCAAGAGGGAGAUAACCGAGGAUAAACUCGAGCUUGCGAUGCAGUCAAAUCACUUCGGGCAUUUUCUUUUGACUCAUCUUCUUUUAGACCUCUUGGUGAAAUCGGCGCCUAGCAGAGUCAUAAAUGUCACUUCCCUUCAAGCGGGACUGGGGCGUUUUGAUGCUGAUGAUGUUUACGAAGGAAAGCAUUUUAAUCCACACUUGAAUUAUCCAGCGACCAAAAUUGCCAAUGUGAUGUUUUCUUGCGAACUAGCGAAGCGUUUGAAAGACAAAGGAGUGACGGUGAACGCUGCUCAUCCGGGGGCUGUGAAAACGCAAAUUUACCGACUGACGCCAAAAAGCUUUCUCAAGUAUAUUAUUUUUUCAAGCGUUUGGCCUAUGCUAAAGAGUCCAGAAGCCGGAGCCCAGAACAUACUUCAUUUGGCUGUGAGCAAAGAAGUGGAGGGAAUCACAGGAAAAUAUUUUGCCGAUUGCGGGGUGAUUUUCAUUGUUCGAACUAAAUCUGUGUUCUUUGCCGUUGAACUCGCCUUUUUCUUCAUAGGAGACGAGGCGGCAAGUUUUACCAAGGAGGAUAUGAAUCAAGGAAAACACACAGAAUAUGAGAAGAAGCUUUAUGAGAUAAUGAUGAACCAGAUCAACACGCAGGCGAACGUUGAGUCGACGAGGAAACCAGUCGCAGGAUUGGCUGGAGCAUCUGCGGAAUCGACCUCUGCGUCAGAUACAUUCCUUGUUAGACCUCCGCCUGGAUCGUCACCAAUAGAGAUACCCGUACUCCCGGCGAAGAAGACUAAAAAGCGUGGGAAGGAGAAGAAAACGGUUGAGGAGAACCUCAAGGUUAAAGUUCUUGCGCUUGGUGCGUCUUCCGAACGUGCUGCCAGUGAACGAAGGUCAGUGAGUUCAGAAACUUCAAGCGCGGAACGAGGAGCUGACGAAUCUGGAUCAGAUUGCGGAUCAACUCCACCAGUAGCCACGUCGUCGGAAGAAUUCAUGGCAAGAAAACCUGCCUCUCCGUCUGCGUCUCCCACUCGAUCUACAGAUGCUUUGGUCGACGAAUGUGUGACGAGCAGUGGCUAUACGAGCGGAUCAUCGGUGUCCUCAUCGCUGCAGAACUUCGCCUCGCUGACGAGUUGCCUAGCUCCUGUGAUUUCUUCCGAUUCUUGCCUUCCGAACGAUUCUCUUCCAUCAUCAUCGACAUCUUUCACCCCGGAUGUGGUCACUAGCAGUGACGUCGUGGCCUCCGAAGUCGUGACCACGACGUCUCCGUCGGAAAUGACUGGCUGGAUGACCAGCACAGAGCACGAGCUUAACUCCUUCCAGUCGCCGCCCGACGAAGACGACGAUCUUGGCUUUGAUCCCUUCGCGGAGACUCAGAAAGCUUUCGCAGAAAUUCUGAACGAUGAGGCGGCUGAGGCAGCGAAUGCGGCUCAGCUUCGCGUGGGAGACAGUAGCGAAAACUCGAAACUUUCAGUUCCCCCGGGCUUCGGAAAUGAUUCAGGGCUGAAUUUGGGGUCGACGCAUAAUCUUUCAAGUUUUACUGAGAACUCAGUUCCGGAAACCGGAAGCAAGUUUUUGCCUUUCUUGCUCAGAAAUCGAGAAACUCCUCCGUCACAGUCAUUGAAUCACCCAGACCACGACACUUCCUCUCCUGUUGGAAAACUUCUCGCUUCGCUCUCAAACCUCCACAAUAAUAACAACCAGAAUUUCUCGCAAACUCAUCUUGGUCAUCAGCAACAUUCUCUGCAUUCACAGCAAAUGAGACACCAACACCAAACCCCUCAUCAACUUCAUCAGCAUUUUCAUCAUCGUACAGUGGAGCAGAAUCGUCACGAAAGCCUUCCUGUGCUCUCGUUCCUGCGAUCAAGAGGAUACGCUUCGGGAUGUUCGGAUGUGCAGGAUGCAGAGUCUGCGAUGAAUAAUUGGCAGGAUUGGGAGAGUAGUUUGCGGAACAUGUUUCCGUCUGGUGCUGGGGCGAAAGCCGGACCUCCUGGGUUCAGUGGGGCGAAUGUUGGGGGUUCCAGUUUGGGACAGAACAUCACUAGUAAGAUACUUGAUGACUGUCUUGGUCCCCAACACACGAGAAACAUGGGAGGCGGAGGUGAUUGGCAAGACCUGGAUCCUGCGAUCGUGUCCACUUCUCGUCACAUACGCCACGAUUCUGGUCGUCACUCGCCACCUUCCUGGUUGCUGCCGAGUCUAGAGCAAUUAACAGCCGACUGCCCCUCGGAUUCGUUAUCUUCGCUGCAGCGAUUCCAGCUUCAGCAUCAUCAGCGACAACGGACCAACUUACCUCCCGGCCUGGGCUCCAGUUCUUGGAUGUCCCAGGCUCCGCCAGGUUUAGCACAGUUCGGCAACCCCCCGCCUGGGUUCGCUGGCGGAGGUAGCAACAGUAGUGGGGGUGGCGGAAUCCCGCACUCUUUCCAGAACCCGUUUUCGUCGCAUCAAGCGUCGCACGGGUUCCGCGGCCUACCGCAGGACAUUUUUGCCGACAGACGUGCGCUGGAGAGCUGAGAGUAGCUUCAACUUAUGUACGAGUUAUGUCCCUUUUGACGUCUUCGGCGCAUGCGCGAUUUCUUCGUGUAUUAUUAUUUUUUAGUUCUCUUUAAACAUACGACUGUUGCAUGCAGAGUUUUCGUUAUGGAAUGAUAAGCAAAAACGAAUAUCUUUUGAAAUCCAAUCGCGUACCCCGUUCUUGUCGCGUAGUCCGUGAUAAUUCAAUUAAACGUCGAUAGUUUGACCUCAAGGGUUCUAUGAACAUGAAUUUCAUUUGGAGUCGAAGUGCCGAAAUCUUUUAUGAUCGAAUUAACUAACGCUCAGCUACAGCUCUUUGACAUAAGUUUACCAUAAAUAUGGAUGCUGCCAUAUAAUCAGGGAUUUCCGUAGCCGAGUUCGCCGUAAGAUUUUUUAUUUCUGGUUUUAUCGCUUCGCUCGUCAUCUCGGUCUUUGAAGCAUCUGGCGAUAAAUAAUCGUUUCAUCAUUGGUUAUAUUCAAUUGUGCGAACAGCUUAAUCUUGAAAAUUUUGUAAAUUACUUGCGAAAAUCGUAAGAUCGAUUUCACAUUGCUGCGAAACCCAUUGAAGGAAACCUGGUUUUGCUUGCAUGAAUGCGCCAGGAUUUUCAACGAGUUUUUGAUUUCUUCACAGCUGCUGUUUAUCUUCAAAGGAAUGUAGAACAAAACGCAUUUUUUUUUGGUUGGUGCAAUGUUUCAGUCGGAAAGGAAAAUCUUGUUGAGCCGGUAUAUUUUUCUAAGUUGUAGUUACGUUGCCCGUUAACUUCAAACGCUCGUGCUCAUCACUAACGCCUUCUCAGAUUAAGUCAGUGUCUUGGAAAUUAACGAUUUUAUCUUUUUUUAUCGAAAGCACUUACGCGAUGAACUUCCAUUCGUUCGUAGCUGAAGGCUACUCGUGCUCAGAGCUCCAUAAACUUUACAUGUUCGAAUUAAUCGUUUCACUCGGGACCGUCAUAAAUUGUUUCAAGUCGGAAAAACGUUUCGAUUCGCGUUUAUCUUUGCAGUGAUAUUUUCUCUUUGCCGCGCGUGCGACGAGAGAUGUCGACGAAGACUUCGUGAUGUGUCUUUCUUUGUAAUCGACCCAUUAUGUCGGGUUCAAAUUGGCUAGAAGUCCGCUCCUCGACAUGAAAUGUCGCUGUCGCGGUUGGUUCGACCGAGGAGGAGAACGUGUCUGUACCCUGUUUUUUUCGUGUGUGUGUGAAUGUCCUAUUGCCGACAGAUAAUGUUCUGCCAUCGGACGGGAUUUGUGGAAGUUCUUGGCCCGUUCCGGAGGGGCUCAUUUCUUACUGGAAGGAUUAUAAUAAGUGUCCUGUCCUGUCCUGAAAAAAAAUGCUACCGUUGUUUCGAA